GCGCUCUCUCCUCCGCCUGCGGCGCCGGGAGGCGGGCCUCAGGGCGCGCGGCUGCGGGCGGGCCGGCCUCUCGGGGGGCCGGGCGGGCUCACGUGACCCCUGCGGGCUCCGGAGCGGGCGGCACCGAGGAGGCGGCGACGGCGGCGGCGGCUGCAGCCCCGGAGGUAGCGGCCUGGGGAGGGACCGCCGGCCGCCCUUUCGGACGUCCGCAGCGGAGGCGAAACAUGGCGGAGGCGUCGGCGGCGGGCGCGGACGCGGGCUCGGCGGUCGCCGCGCACCGCUUCUUCUGCCACUUCUGUAAGGGCGAGGUCAGCCCCAAACUACCGGAAUAUAUAUGUCCCAGAUGUGAAUCAGGCUUUAUUGAGGAAGUGACAGAUGAUUCCAGUUUUUUAGGUGGUGGUGGAAGCCGGAUAGACAAUAGCACAUCAACACAUUUUGCCGAGUUCUGGGACACAAUGUUUUUACAAGAUUAUAGACCAUUUCUAAGUAGCAUUCCACUGGACCAAGAUAAUAGAGUCAAUGAGAGAGGUCACCAAACUCACACUGACUUUUGGGGACCCAGUCGGCCUCCAAGGUUGCCGAUGACGAGAAGAUACAGGUCUCGAGGAAGCACUCGUCCCGACAGAUCGCCAGCUAUUGAAGGAAUAAUACAACAGAUCUUUGCAGGAUUCUUUGCAAAUUCUGCAAUUCCCGGAUCUCCACACCCCUUUUCUUGGAGCGGGAUGCUGCACUCCAACCCUGGGGACUAUGCCUGGGGUCAGACAGGGCUUGAUGCCAUUGUAACCCAGCUUCUAGGACAGCUAGAAAACACAGGUCCCCCUCCAGCUGACAAGGAAAAGAUCACUUCUCUCCCAACAGUGACAGUAACUCAGGAACAAGUUGAUACGGGUUUAGAAUGUCCAGUAUGCAAAGAAGAUUACACAGUUGAAGAGAAAGUCCGGCAGUUACCCUGCAACCACUUCUUUCACAGCAGCUGCAUUGUGCCAUGGUUAGAAUUGCACGACACAUGCCCAGUAUGUAGGAAGAGCUUAAAUGGUGAGGACUCUACUCAGCAAACCCAAAGCUCUGAGGCCUCUGCAAGCAACAGGUUUAGCAACGACAGCCAGCUACACGGCCGAUGGACUUUCUGAAACUAAAGACCUCACCUGAACCAGGGCUGCCUGUAUUAAUUAGUCUUGUUAUCAUAGCUGUAAAUUGUAUCAAAACUAAACAAACAAACAAAAUAGUAGAUGGAUUUAGGAAUCAUGUAAGAAAUCCCAACCCAUAAUAUUAAUGCAAUGAGUGUAUUUCUUCUCUAAAUUUAAAGUUAAGACCUACAGAUGGAAUUGUGUCUACAACCAAAUGCCUCCUGUUUCUGAAUUGAGUGAUACUUUUCUAAGUGUGAGACUUAAUUAUGUCAGUUUGCUCCUGCCUGAGUAGAAUCAAUUCCUUAAAGUCUAGCUAGGGUUCUGCUGUCCUGUUGUCUUGUAAUGGGUGUCUCUACCUCCUUCCAUCUCUACCCCACCAUUAGUGGAUCUCGCAGCAAAUAAGAAGAUCCAGAGCCCUGCGCUCCUGUUAUAGAAAGUCUCUUUGUCUUAACUGUACAAGAGUUCCUACUCUUGACCACAUUAGCAAGGUAAGAAUAAUUCAGGAGUCUGAGACUCUAAACUGUUUUGUCUUGAUCUCCAGAGAGCAAAUCAAGGAAAAUUACAGUGGAAAGGGAAAGUGGCCUGUCAUCGGAUACUUUGGUUUUCUUAAUUCAGGAAGUGCAGUUCCCCUAAAAACUGACAUGGCAUAUCUUAGUCUUGGGUUGGUAGAAAUCUGAUUUUGGUUCCUUUUUGGUAUUAAGUUGAGUAGUAUAUAGUCAUGGAAAGACAGAGGUUGGAAAUCUUUACUACUGAAAUGUUUUUUAGUGACUAUCAACUCACUGUUUACUGUCUUUCAUACUAGGGACCUUACAAUAAUUUCCUUCAGAAAAAUAGGAUUAUUUUAUUACUGCUUCUAUUCUAGUUCAGAGUUUUGGUAAUUCACUGUUUAGGAAUUAAAAUUUUAUGUUGUCUCAUUUUAGUUUGUAAAGCUCAUUUUUCAUGUCUGAAACUUUUCCUGUUCUGUUCAGUUCUAGCUGUACUUGGAAUCAAUCUGAUUAAUGUAAUAAUCAUGCCCAAAACAACUUAGUCUGGGAAAGGUAGACCUCGCUUUAAGUUCUAACAAUGCCCAUACAUAUGCUUUGUACGUGUUUAAAGCUGAAUAAAUGGAGAUUGUUGA